UGGUGUUAACUCCGAGAGGCUCUGUUCCUUCCUCAGCCCCUCAGCCCUGCUCUAUUUAGCGAACCGUCUUCAGGGUUAUAGAUUUCGUUGAAUGCUAUAGUAGUCCGGGAUGCUAGCUGGCAGGAUUCACUCUGUGCGAAAUUGUGGAAUACUGAAGCGUGAGCCUAAAUGGGGGACAUUGGCUUUUUCUAUAUAUGUCUUGCUGUUUUCCUACUUCUGUCGUGUAGUGCUGCCCUGUUUAGUGGAAGAACUAUGAUACAUUUGUUCCUAGCAAUACGGUAAAAGCAAAAAAAAAAAAAGGAAUCAUAUUCUAUAGCCUUUAAAUCAUGUAUUACUCUGGCUUGUUUACAUGUUCCGUUCAUCAGAUUGUGAGCUCCAUGGGAGCAGAAACCGUGUCGUUGAAUUCUUGAGAAACGCCACAGCUUCGAAUUGGUGCUAGCGCGUAGUAUAUGCAUUCAGUGCUUUGGUUUGUUACGGUUUCCUCUCCAAACCGUCAUACAAAAGGAAACCUUAAGGAGGGGUGAUGUUUUUCAGAUAGAGCACAUCCCUUCUGGUAGAAUUUCAGGUAAUGGUGCGAGUUCCACUGCCCUUCAAGUUUUUAAUUUUUAAACUACCACCUACAUUGUUCAUAGGGCAAGUGGGUGAUUCUUAGAAUGAAUCUAUUUUUGAUAAAUUAAUCUCAAAGUCUAGAAUAAAGGAUAUUUCUUCUGAUCAGAAGUUCAGGUAGCAUCAAAGUACCCCCUUUAGUUAACCCCUGCGUUAGAGAAAGAGCACAAGGCUUAUGGGUUAUCGCCCUGACAUUCUUUGGCAGACAAGAUAGUAUGUGCAUCUUAAGUGAUUUUAACCAUGAAGCACAAAGAUGUGAUAGUACUCAUCAUCUUCAUUCACUUAUUUAAUGCUUUCUGUUUGGAGCCUCUGUUUUUCUCUUUGCCCAAAAGGUAAGGUAUUAUUAAAACUUUGCUUAAACUUUGAUUUCAAGAAAUUGAGUGUAUACUCAGCCUGUAUAGAAAUUACAUCCAUUUGCCUGGACUGUUUUGUGAGUGAAUUCUAAUGCUCAAGAGAUGUUUUACCCAUCAACCUUUCAUUUGUCUCCUCAAGUUCAGUUCACUCACCUUUUCCCUCUGUCAUCCUUCUCUCCCCAGCUCACAAAGUAAAAGUAUCCACAAUUUAAAAAAAGAGCCAGCCAUAAUCAAAUUAUCUUUUUCAGUGACAAUUUGGACAUUAUUGACAUAAACAGCAGUUUUGAAAUAGGAGAGAGGCCCUGGAAAUUUGGCACUUGGCCAAAUGAAAUUUUGUUUAUGUAAAGUUUGCCUCCUCAAUAUUCAACGUUGAAGUUUUCCAAAAUCAAUUUGUUCUCACCAGAGACUGCCUUUCUUUGGAAUCUUUACAUUUGGAUUCAAUGGGGAAUCCCUUAAAUUUUGUGAUCAGUGUCGUCAGUAAGGUGGUAGAGGGAAGCCUUCAAAUUUUCAUCUCUGUUGCACAUUCUUGUUUUGAGUUUUGGAUAAAUAAUUUAUAGAAGUUUCUGGCCUAACUCAUGUGCUCAGUUACAUAAUUUAAAAAGCAUGUUUGUAAACUUACUCAGACUAUUUUAAUGAUUAUUUUCUGGAACUAAAAUUUAGCAUGAAUGAGAGGUACAAUAAUGACUUUUUGAAAGCAUAACUUUUCCUACUUUGUACAAAUAUAAUAUUGGCAGCAGUCAUUGUGUAACGCUGGACUGGGAAUCAGAAGACCUGGUUUCUAAUCCCUGUUCUGUCACUAACGAGCUGUGUGAUCUUUGAAGCUUAAGUGAAAAUGGUACAUGUUAGAAGAUAUGAAACAAGGAAAAAUUCUAAAACUCAAGGGCAUGAACAGAAGUCUCGAGUCGAUUGGAGGCGGACUAAAAGAAGUAGUAUCUCGCAGUUAUGUGAGAGUGAUGACGAGCUUGAGAGUGAUGAAAGUGUUGACAGUAUUGAAAGUGUUGACAGUGACGAAGAUCCUGACAGUAGCAAGGGGUCUGAUCACAUUAAGAAGCCAGAAAAUGAAAGAGAGCUUAAAUUAAUUAAUGUUGAAGGUGAAGGAAACAGUAGUAAGCAUCUCAUUAACACUGACAAUAGUUCAACAUACGAAGAAGAAAAGAACAAAACUAAACAUGGAAGUAUUGACUUAGCAGAUCAUGAAAAGGGUUCAGGUCAAGAGGAGGGUGAUCUCAACAAACACACUGGACAAAUAACAGAGGAGGAUUUAGAAGAAGAACCCAUCAAGCGAGGGAAGAGAAAAAGGAUCUCCUCUGUGAUGUGUGACAGUGAUGAGAGUGACGACAGUGAUAUCCUAGCUGGGAAAGUGGGUGUUAAACAUCCACGCAGAGUGGUCGAAGAUGAAUGUUCCUCAGUGGAGAUGGAGCAAAACAUUCCUGAAAAAACUUCAGCUACAAGAAAGCGAGAACAGCUGCAGAAACUGAAAGAACUCUCAAAACAGAGAUCUCGUCAGAGACGUAAUAGUAGUAGAGAUUUUGAGGACUCUGAAAAGAAAUCCUCCCCCAGCAGUGAUGAAAAUGAUGUUGAGGAGGAAGAGGAAGAAGACGGUGAUUAUGAAUUUGGUGAAGAUGGAGAUCAUUAUAUUAUUGAUGGCUUUGUAGUACAAGAUGAGGAGGGUGAUGAAGCGAAUAAAAGCCAGCGAGGAGAACAAUUGACUACAUCACAACGGAAAUCAAUAGAACAGAAUUCUCUUUAUUCUUUUAGUGACCACUAUACUCACUUUGAAAGAGUUGUGAAAGCUCUUCUGAUCAAUGCUCUAGAUGGAUCUUUUCUGGGAACAUUAUAUGAUGGCACCAGGCAGAAGUCAUACGCACAAGAUAUGUUGACUUCUCUUCAUUAUUUGGAUAACCGCUUUGUUCAGCCUCGUCUAGAGAAUUUAGUCUCUAGAAGUCGUUGGAAAGAGCAAUACAAGGAGCGAGUAGAAAAUUAUUCUAGUGUAAGUAUCCAACCGAAGAAUCCUGAGAACUGUUCCUGCCAGGCUUGUGGGUUGCAUCGCCACUGUACAUACUCAGUGCAUUUAUCAGGAAAGCUGUAUAACACCAGGACCAUGGAAACAGAUGAUUUCAUGUCACAUGAUAAACAGGUGUUUACUGUUGGCAGAAUUUGUGCUGAGCGAACCAGAAUUUACCAUAAACUGAAACAUUUUAAAUUUGAGCUGUACCAAGAGUGUUGCUCCAUUGCAAAGACAGAAGAGGUUGAGGAUGAACAGGUUAAAGAAACAGUGAAAAGAAUUUUCAAUCAGUCAAAAAACAGUGGCUGGAUUGAGAAGAAAUAUGAUCAACUUCAAGAAUAUCUCAGUUCUGCGGAUUACUUUCAAGAUGAGAAGUUUGAUUGAAUUUUAACACAUUUCCUUCAGAGAAGAUUUUGUAAAUUCCUGUAAAUGUAAAGAUCGCAAGUCUUGUUUCUCUGUAUCAUGUGACCUAUUUAUAUGUUUUAUGUAUAGCUUCAUGGCAAAAUAUCUUGUGUGAAACAUGUUCAUCUUAAUUUCCAUGAAACACUGCAGUCUAAUAAAACUUUUAUCUACUGUACAUAGAAUACACAAGCCUAACUUUAAGUGUAUUUGAAAGUUAUAUAACAAUGCCUUUAUAUCAGAUGACUAUCAAGUAAAUGAGCUCUUCAUGUCCUGUCAGUUUAUUAGAAAACCAUGUAUUUAAAAAAUCUAUUUAGAUUAACAUCUAUGUGUAUUUAUUGCUGAAUCCCUGCCCAUAUCUGCUUAUUAUCCUUUUGUAGUAUUAAAUGAUCUUCACUAACAUUUUUUACUGCCGUCAAUACCUAAAUCAGUGGGCCAUGGAAGAAGCCUCGGUGUUAUGUUCAACUAAAUUCUCUGGCAUCACAAUCAGACUAUAGCUUACCCAUUCCAAGUAGAGGAGUGCUUUUUUCCCUUUUCCAAAGUGUCCCUUACAAAUAUAUUUCAGGCCUGCAAAGUCUUCCAGUCUUCACAUUCAGGAAUAAUUUCAUGAUAUGUAUUUGCAUAGGUCAUAAUGUUCUUUUUCCUGUCCAAUUUUGUUUACAGGUAAAUGAGUAAGAU